CAUCAAAACGGAAAAGUUAUUUUAUGAUAUUUAUGUUAGGUUUGAAGAUAAUAAUAUAAAGUUAUUGAAAUACAUUUUCUACAUAUUUAUUGUGAUGUUUGGUUUUACGUUUAAAUAUGAAGGAAAUAAUGAUUUAGUAUCAAAUCAUGAUUUGUUUAUGUUUUUAUAAAUCAUAUUUUUGUAACUGAACUAGAACAAAACUAAAAAAUUAACUCGCUUGAACUGAAAAAAUACAAACAAAAACAAAUUAGACCGAACCAAACACAAACCAAACUGAACUAAAACCGAACCGAAGUAAAACCGAACAUAACCCAAACCAUACUAUUUUGGGUUGACUUUGGUUCAAAAUUUCUUAGACCCAAAUAACUCAAACCAAACCGAACCCGUAAUUAAACCGAAAUGCCCAUCCAUACUUAUAAGAUAGAUAAGAUCACACAUUUAACAAUCUAUUUCACAUAAUAUAGUCAAGUCUAUUAUUAACAUUAUCUUCUCCGAUCAAAACCUUUUUGUUGUUGUGAAUCUCUAAGCUCUAUACUCGUAAUCUUUUUUUUAAUGGGAUCUAAAUGAUUGCUCCGCUCUCUGAUCUACUUAAAACGAACAAAAAAAUAACAAAUCAUAUAUUCAGAGUCACAUCAGAGUAUGACCUUUGUAUAUUGUGACACAUGGUAUAAUCCAUCACAAACUAUUGGAGACUCUAUUGGAAUUAGAGAUCAAGCUUCACAAACCAGAAGUUGAAUGAUGUGGAGGGUCAUAAACAAUGGAAGAGAUUCUCAUGAGGAUACAACAUAGAGAAGAAGCUACUGUGAAACGUGAACAGCAAUGGCUUAUAUAUGAUUUCUCUCGUCAUGUUAAUGGAUACCAGAAGACAAUUACAUUAAUUGAUUUGUAUGUUAGAUUCCUUGUAGCUCAAAGAACUAUGUAUUAGAAGUGGAGAGCUAAUGCUACACAUUAUCUAGGUCAAGCUUACUUUAAUCUAACUGGGGGUGGAGUUGCAAAGAAAAAGGGAUAUCUGCUCGACCUAGGGAAAGCUCCCUGCCAAGUAAUUAAACCGAUUACACCAAAUACAAAAUGUGAUCACAAGGAAGACCACUACUAAACUAGUUUUGCCAAACAGCAAAGAAGCUGCAAAAUCUAACAAAAUAAAAAACUGGUUCCUGAUGAUUUUGAUUAGGGUUAUGAAAUAAAUAAAUAAACAGUCUAUUUUUUUUACAUUUUUAACAAGUAAUUUUUUUAUUACAAAAUACAAAAAUUAUGAUAAAAUUACUUGCAAAUCUAAUCAUAUACUACAUACACUGAGUCAUACUUGCACAAUUGUACUACAGUGACCCGUCUUAAGAAGAUCGAUGAUAGUUUUAUUUAUACUAUACUGGAGAUCCUUUUUUUUUGAAUUGAAUGUUAAAUUUAAUUCAAAAAGAAAAACUUUGUUACAAUAGUUGUGUCCUUUCCUAUAAUGAAAAAGAACUUUUAUACUCCUAUUUCAAAAAAGAUGCAUCAAUCUCUAUCUUGUAUUGAACCAAUGUUGCAUUCCUUCUCCAAUCUCUUUAUCACUUUUCCUUUGCACUAGAGUGAGCUUAUUUCUCAUGUUCUUAUCAAGUAGUUUUAUCAAAAGACCUGCUGGAGCUUCAGCUUCCCCAUGCCUUCUUCUAUUACGCUCUCUCCAAAUCAUGUAAACAUUCGCUUGAAACAUGUACUUGAUAAGAAACAAAUGCAUCUUCCUUCUCCUUGUAUCUCUCAUAAUUCUCAUCAUUUCUUCCCAUCUCACUGUAAACUUGUUUCUCAAUAUACCCUUCAUCAGUACCUCCCAAAUCUGAGUAGAAUAAGAACACUCGAAAAAUAAGUGCUCUACCGUUUCCAAAGGCUCUGUACAUAAGACACAAGAUGUAUUGACACUCCCAUUCCAGUGUUUCAUGCGAUCUCCGGUCGCAAGCCUUCCUUUCAUAGCCAACCAUAGAAUGAAAGAAUACUUCGGCGUCACAUACUUAAACCACACUGCUUUACUCAAAUGGCAUAAUUGAUGUUUCUCUCUUGUAAACUCCCAAGUUCCCUUAGAAGAAAAACAUUUCCUAUAACUCUUCCCAUUUAGCCAUAAAGAUACACAUCUGUUUCUCGUGUUCUACUAUCUCUUAGUCUUUCGAUCUCAUCCUCCACCUUGUUCAAUAACACAACUCGAUGCCGUCUCCUUUUGUGCUUCCAACUCUCCUCCACUGUUGCUUUUAUCGAAAUACUGAGAUCCUUUUAAGUCUUUUUUAAGCUAGCUCUAAUGCAACCGAGGAUCAUAUUCUUUGGAUUUAAAUUCCAUAGGUGUAGAGACAUUGGAUCUUAAUCAAAGCAUUUGAUCAAGGGCCUUCCACGAGUUUAUGUUUACAUCUAAGAUUUGUGUUUGUUUUUAAUUCCCCCAUAGAUUGGUGAGUUGUAUACACACUUUACUACAAAUUCUGUUUUGCUUAUACAUUAGUCUAUUUGGGCUCUCUCUCUAUUGGGCUUACUCUACUGGCCUUCUUCAACAUUAUGAACGGCGACGUUUACUAUACCAAUGCCAAAUUCUAGGAAUCUCUCAGGUCUUCUUGUCUGCCAUCUCUCUCUCUCUCCUUCUGCCAUCUCUCUCUCUCUGUACCUAAAGAUUCAGAUCGCUAGCUGGCCGUGCAUCUAAUUAGCUGCCGUUUCUGUUCUCCUUCCCACAGUUAAAGAUCACAAGAAGUUAACAAAGAUGAACAAAACCGCACGAAUCGAUAUCCCCUCAUCGUCUUCUCCAGCUCCAGCUUCAGCAGACGGUGAGCUCAACGAAGACGACAUAUUCUCAAUAGACAUAACUCACGCGCCCAAACACUCUCCAUCCUCUUCUCCUGCUCAGCACCCACCUGCCCGCCAGCUUCAGAGAACCAAAAGCGGUUUAAAAAACGUGGAAGCUUCUGGUAUCCUCGCGGCUCUUCCCGAACCUUCCGGGAACAGUUACUUAAACCAUGUCUUCCACCACAAGCCUGCAGCUGUUCUCUCCACUUCGGUCUCCUCCACAGCUUCUUCAACGUCCUCUUCGUCUUCCGCUCGUAUCAUCCCCUCAGCUCCUAAACCGCCUCAAGAGAGGGUUCCGUUCACAGCUUCUUUAGGUGGUGGAGGGAGGUAUCCUCAGUCAGCUCCUCUUCAAGUGCCGUUGGCGAUGAGGAGUCGUCACAAGAAGGAGUUCAAGCUGACUGAUGCGGUGGUGGAUGAGGAGGAGGAGGAAGAUGAAGGCGAAAGGCUUCCGCCUCAUGAGAUUGUGGCUCGGUCUUUGGCGCAGUCUUCGUUGCUGUCUUGCUCUGUGCUUGAAGGAGCGGGGAGAACACUUAAAGGGAGAGAUCUCAGGCAGGUGAGGAACGCUGUUUUCAGAAGAACCGGUUUCAUAGAUUGAGUUUUGUAUUUUUUUUUUCUCAUUCAAAAGAACAUUCUUUAAUUUGUUAUUUGGCCAGAGAAAACGUUUCAAUGUAUUAUGUUCAUAUAUGUUGUCUAACAUUAGACAAUGUGUUUGUUACUUCAUAUCAAAAUAGAUUGAUGUGAUUGCACAUGUUUUUGUAUGUUUUGUUUCAUGCUUCACAUGUUGUUGAGACACAGUUUUGAGUUACACAUUUAUUCAGUUUAUUGUGAAGUUCUUAUUACAUUGGAUCCCUAAUCUACAAGUUGUCAUAGAGAUCUCCUAGAAGAAAAGUGAUCACCUUUUGUGUUGGCAAUGUGCAUCUUUACUUCUUUCAAAUUAUUAGAUUUGCAAUUAUUUAUGUGGAAAAGUGAAGAGGUGAAGAGAGGGUUGAAAAGGCUGUGACUUUUAUCGGUAGAUCUUUUCAAGAAAAAAAGAAGGCAUUGAGAUCUUACAAGAGAACAUAGAGAGGGGGGGGACCAGCUUAGAGUGACAGCUCUUUUACAGUUUUGGUUCCAUCUUUAUCUUCUUCCUUAACAUCCCUCUCAAACCCAUGAGAUAUUUUGAGGUUUAGUGAGAAACGUUUUACUUGGUCAUAAGACUCAUAACAAGAUAGUCUGUACUAUAUCUAUCUAACUGCCUUAUACAACAAACUUAUUGAUGAUAUUAUCAGUUGACAAACUAGAAAAAAAAGAAGAAGAGGGAAUAAACUUUUUGAGUCCUUAACAUAAAGAUUCGGCCUUUAUAUCUUUUGGUAGAAUGUACUUUAUGAUAUCUCAACACCUCUCAUUUGGUAUGGCUGGUGAUGUCUUCAUUACAUCACAUGAAAAGGUGUUUGCUUUUCUUUUAAAGGGUAUAUUUAAAUAUGCUAAUAAUUCUCCUCUGUUAUAUGAAUUGUACAAUAAACAUUUAACCCAAGAAUUAUUUGUCUAAUAAGUAUGAAUGAUAGAGAUGUUGUUCACAAAAAAAAGGAUGAAUGAUAGAGAAGAUUGUGUAGUUUAGAUCAACUUACUGCAUUUAGACAAACAUGGGUGGCUUUCUAUACCUAUCUCAUGUCCCCAUUCUUUUACUCAUUAAAGAAGACAACAUCACAUUCAAGUUUGGUGGAUCUUCUCCUACCACUAAAGUAGGUAAGAAGGAACUAUUAAUGACAUCAGACAGAAAACAAAUCUCUUUAUUUUUUACUCUUGUGAGGAAAGUUUUCACUUCUAAUUUAAGGGAACUGGCUAAAUCUCACUGAUGUUCCAGAUAAAGCAACAAUUCAAAUCUUACUGUUCAUGGAAAAUGACUAACUUUUUAUCAUUGGGGCCAAAAGGACUGAGUGAGAUAUAUAACAAUGAACCCAGGCUCACAUGUUGUUUAACAAUACUGAUCUAUUUAGCUUGAACAGAGCAUUUUUACCUGUCUAAGUUAAGUUUUUUUACAGUUUCUUAGCUGAGAAAGCAGCAAAUCCAUAUGAAAAUAAAGAGAAAGUACAAGACUUUAUUAAAGCAUAUUCAUGGAUGGAGUUACACACAACAAGAAGGAACUGCAAUUUCUCAAGUACCUUGCUAUUGCAGUAACAAGAGGAUGAUAAUGGUACAAAACACAACAAAAAGGUUUCCAGACACAACACAACAAGAAGGAGCAUUAGAAUCAGAAUCUAACCAUAAUUGAGUUACAGAACAUUGUCUAACUGAUAAAAAAA